AUGCGUGGUGUUUUAUUUUAUGGAAGAAAUGACAUUCGUUUUUCGGACGACGUUCAAGAGCCAGAAAUCAAAGUAGAGGAUGAACUUAUCGUGGAUAUUGCCUGGUGUGGUAUCUGUGGAUCCGAUUUGCACGAAUAUUUGGAUGGGCCAAUUUUUUUCCCUAAAGAAGGUAAGGGCCACGAAUUGAGCAACUGGAAGAGUCCUCAAUGUAUGGGUCAUGAAUUCAGUGGCAUAGUCAAGAAAGUUGGGCCAAAGGUUACGAAAGUUAAACCGGGAGAUCAUGUUGUCGUCGAAGCAACUUCCCAUUGCAGUGAUAGAAAGAGAUUUCAAAGAAAUAAUCCAAGAAUCAACACAGCAGUUUGUUCGGCUUGUAAAAUGGGAUCAACAAAUAUAUGUCACUAUUUGGGUUUUUGUGGAUUAGGAGUUCACGAUGGUGCAUUGAGUGAAAGGGUUUCAGUUUCCGAAGAGCAUGUUGUUAGGAUUCCAAAGUCCUUGCCAUUGGAUAUUGCUGCAUUGGUGGAGCCAUUAAGUGUUGCCUGGCAUGCAGUUCGAAUUUCGAGGUUUCAAGAAGGAGAUAAUGCACUUGUUCUUGGAGCUGGGCCAAUUGGACUUGCAACUAUUUUAGCAUUGCAAGGCCAUAAAGCUGGCCGAAUUGUUGUGAGUGAGCCAGCUAAAAUUCGAAGAGAUCAAGCAGAAAAACUUGGGGCUAGUUCCGUUUUUAAUCCAAUGGACUAUAGCUCGUUUGAUGAAGGUGUUGGUGUAUUGAAAAGCUUAUCCGAUGAAAAAGGUGCUGGAUUCAAGUUUUCUUAUGAUGCCUCGGGAGUUCCAUCAACAUUUAAAACUUCAAUAGAUGCUUUAGGACCAAAUGGUAUGGCAGUAAAUAUAGCUAUUUGGCCAGACAAACCCGUAAAUUUCAAACCAAUGGAUGUCACUCUAGAGGAAAAAUUUUAUACUGGUUCAAUGUGUUAUACUGUGCAGGAUUUUGAAGAAGUGAUUGACGCUAUUGAUAAAGGUUUGAUAGAUAUUGAAAAAUGCAAACAGUUAAUCACUGCUAAAAUAAAGCUUGAGGAUACUGUUGAGAAAGGGUUUUUGGAACUAAUCAAUAACAAAGAUGUUCAUAUUAAGAUCUUGGUAUCUCCAUGA